AUGGAGUCAGCAUCAUUUGGUGAGGGGAAUUCCGGGGUCCAAGAGGGAGUCAAUCACGCUCCCAUCUCGGUCUUUUCCUCUGAUCCGUCUUCGGGUCAUAGCUUUUUCUGCACCUCAAACUAUGAAGCACACAAAAACAUCAAUCCUCCACCAGUCAAGGGUACAUGUGGAUGGUUUCUUAACCAUCCCAAGUUUCAGGAACGGAAGAGCAACGACCAUGAAAAUCUCCUUCGGCUUUCUGCGGGCCCCGGCUGUAGAAAGUAUGUCCUAUCCAAGACACUGGUUGAUGAUGUUCUCCCUCGAGAUACGUCAGCUAUGGUAUGCUAUUUCUUCUUCAAGGACAAUCAGGAGCAAUAUAGUGUGGCAACUGCAAUCUGUGCUCUCCUACAUCAAACAAUAGUCGAAGAGAAAGAGCGAUUGAAAUCAAACUUUGAAUCUCCGUGGAAGGCCUUGAUGUCUGUGGCCCUCGAUUCCAGCGGAGAUAUAAUCUGCGUCAUGGAUGCUCUUGAUGAGUGCCGACAGCAUGAUCGCGAUCGACUUAUACAGGAACUGGAGCGAUUUUAUCACAUGUGUCAAAAAGGACAAAAUGGCCAUCUUAAGAUGAAGUUUCUCGUCACCAGUCGUCCAUAUGGUGACAUUGAACGGAGAUUUGGCAAAAUGACUCGUCAAUUCCCAUCGAUCCGCCCCGCCAGAGAAGAUUAA